AUGAUGCCGCUGGUGGUGUAUGUCAUCUUGUCUGUUUCUGGGAGCCUCGUGGCUGGCAUGCCGAGGGUGAUUCACAGGACAGAAGUGACCAGUAUUGUGGGAGAAAAUGUGACAUUGUCCUGCCAGCUGCCCACAGACAAUGAGGUCCUCCAAGUUACAUGGCAGAAAGAAGGACCAACAACAGCUAACAUGGCCACAUACAGCACCCACCACAGUCCCAGAUUACUUGGAUCCUACCAUGAACAUGUUCGAGUGACCCAAAGUGAUUUGAACUCCUCAGCUAUCACCCUUGAUUUUGUUACCUUAGAAGAUGAAGGAUGCUACAGAUGUAUCUUCAGCAUCUUCCCCAUUGGACCUGUCCAGGGCAGGAUGUGUUUGAGUGUUUAUGCCAUCUCAGAACCUCAGGUGGAUGCCCAGUUCCUGACUGGGGAAGAAGGGGAAGUACUGGUUGCAAGCUGCUCUGUGACAGGAAAACCAGCCCCUGAGAUCACUUGGGACUUGCCAGAUGGCUUAGUGGUGACCCCACAUCUGUCACAUGUUUGGAACCCUGACAAGACCGUGACCAUCAUCAGCAACUUCACCUAUGUACGUGCCCAGCUUCCCCAGAAAUGGACAACAAUGUGUUUGAUUCGCCACCCAAUCCUCAAUAUAGGGAUUGAACUGAAGGAUCCAUCCCAGGAAAGUACUACUGGUAGUCAAGUGAUCCUCUGUGUUUCCUUAGUUUCUGUGAGCAUCAUCGUCUCCCUGCUGGUACUCUGUUUUUGCUGUUUACAGAAGCAAAAAAUGGGCACCCACAAAGUAAAUGAAGAUCUGCUCGUGGCUGUCUCUUGGAUUACUACAAGGGUCUGCUGUAGGAGGUACUCAACCAAAGUUCCUGCCAAUAUCACCAAAUCACAACGGACUUGGAAUGUAUAA